AUGGCAGUCGCCGAGAACGGCAGGCCAGUUCAAAACGUCAAGGAUGGGCCCAAUGGACAGGUGAACGGAAAUCUCAACGGCCAUCCCAUCAUCUCUACAACCUCUUCAUCCAAGCGGACGUCUUCCUCCCGACUUCGCAGAAGCUGGUCCGGAUGGCUGUUCAACAACCUCGCCAGAUUGACCAUCUGGUAUGCUUUACUGACAGUUAUCUUCCGCUGCCCCUCCUCUCCCGACGCCCUGACCGACUCCUCCCCUCGAGUCUGUAAACCGUACUUCUCCACCAAGCAGUAUCUACAGCCUCAUCUACAACCCUACUACGACACUUAUGCCGCCCCAUAUGUGGACAUUGCUCAGCCUUAUACCCAGCUAGUUUACAGAAGAGUCGUCCGUCCAGCAUCCAUCGUUGCCAGCUUGAACUAUGAAAAGUACGCCGCUCCCCAGCUCCAGACAGCAAAGACCUACGGACAGGCCCAGUGGGAGAAGUCAGUUGUCCCCCAGCUGCACCUCGCCCAGAAUCAGGCCUUUCUUCUUUACGAUGCACACCUCGCUCCACACGUCGACCAGCUCAUCAAUCUGAUCGGCCCUUACUAUACCUCUUGCAAGGAUACAAUUCUUCAAGCCCACCGGGAAUAUCUCCUCCCUUUCUUGCGGCACUCGAGGCCAUAUCUGCAACAGACCUACUCUUUCUCUCAAGAUUUCAUCCUCACCACCGCAUACCCUCUGGCGAGGCACACUUGGUCCGACCUUGUUAUUUUCGUCGAUGGCACCCUCUGGCCACUGCUCAAAGGCCUCUACAUCCAUAAUGUCAGGCCUCAGUUGGUCAUGAUCAAUGAGAGAAUUGCCAAAUACCAAGAGAGUCGGAAACUCAAGGGAGCUAUCGAUCAAGUCGAUAUUACAACAGACCCUUCCCUAACCACCGCCCCACUCGCUGCAGCCACUGGCCUGGACGAUGUAUACGCCCUGUUUGAGACUGACGAUGAGGACUCCCCCACCGAAACCGAAGCUGACCAAGCCUCUUCUACUGCCCAAGCGCCAGUCAGGCCGACUUAUGAAACUGCCACCCCCGAGAAAAUCGCAGAAGACCUAAUCAAUUGGCAAAAUAAAUUCGCUGUUGCCGCCGAUAAGGCAAGUGAUGAUUUGCGCGAGAGAGCAGAGGAUAUCAUCUCCAGCCUGGUCAAGAGUGACCUGGACGAUCUCGGCAGAGGUCUGGCCAAUGCCCUGGAGAAAACCACAGUCAACGAGAUCGAGAAUGUCAAGUCCAAUAUCCAAUCAAUAAUUGGCUCUCUCCCCGACGAUGCAAGCCCUGAAGAGAUUCGCAAGGCAGCCGAGAACAUCUUGGGUGGCAUCAGGGCUUCUGGCGUCGAGAUUAAGGAUCGAGCCAAAAAGGUCCGAGACUGGCAGCAGGUCUUUGAGAGAGGCCUCAUACAGAGACUCGCUGCCGCCUCUGCAUCCACACUAGAAGUUCUCGAUGGUAUCAAAGAUCUGGGACUUCAAGAAAUCGGCCUUCGGUGGGCCUGGAUGGAGGGUGUUACCUAUAAGCACUGGGAAAAGUACCAUGCUGUACGGGUGCAACUAGAUGAAUGGAAGCAGGAGGUCAGUAGUGUUGCACUGGCCCAUCCCGAUGCGGAAGCUGCUAUUGUUGCUGCUCAACAAAUCUUAGAGGAGAGCAUGGCCAUUACUGAAGACGCCGCCAAGGAGCUCAUCAGGCUUAAAGCAGUUGCUCAAUGGAAGCUCAAAGCGAGGGAUGCUUCGGAAGACUUCGAAACCCACAUGAUUCCCGUCGAGGCCCAAUCUGCAGCCUCCAGCCUUGCAGCUGAGCUUAAAGGUGCCGCUAGUUCUGUUGCAUCUGGCGCUACUGACGCCGCUUCGGGCGCUCUGUCUUCUGCUUCCUCCGCUAUUGAAGGUUCCACCACUGGCACCCUCCUGGUAGCCUACGAGGCGAACGACUUUGCGCAGCGUAUCAUUGGAUCGGCGUCCUCCAUCAGUGUUCCAAUCCCCAAGGGCUCACCCGAUCCUCUGUUGUCAAGGGCCAGCUCCAUCGCAGAGUCUGUCUAUACGUCUGAAUCAUCAGCGAUUCCUGCCACUAGUACCGGCUCCGUCGAGUCAAUGGCUUUGGAAGCCACCGAAGCAGCAUCUUCGUUGACAGAGGAUCUCCAGGAACAGGGUGACUCUACGACUAGCAAUAUUGCAACCACUACAUCCUCACUAUCAAAUGAAGCCGCUUCCACGUCAGGGAGCCUUUCAUCACUUACCAGUGAAACUCUUGACGGCGUCCUCGAGUCAGCAUCAACUGAAGUUGACGCAGCCACCUCUCAUGUCUCAUCGGUCUUUGCAGGUGCCAUGGCCCAGGAAGUCAAAGGUUCGAAUGCGAUCUUGGACGAUGUUUUUGACAAUGACGAGGGCGGAACCUUCUCGGAACAGCUACAGCAAGUCGUCAACGAAGCUGGCGAUAGCUAUGCUGAAGUUACACGUGCAGUCUCAGAAGCAUUGUAUGGCACCAAACAGGGUACUGUCCAAAGCAUGACAUCCGUUGCAAGUGAACAAUACGCCAGUGCUCUAUCAGCAGCCUCCAGUGUGCUGUACGGUGCUCCUCGCAGUCCAGGAGAGAGCAUCGUUGACGGAGCUUCUCAUACCUAUGAACAAGCAGUACAAGCAGCAAGCUCCGUGAUUUUUGGAACCCCAGCUCCUGCCACGGAGUCGGUUCUACAGCAGGCCAGCUCGCUUUACAGCGACGCUAUCAGCCGCGCAGAAGAGCAUUAUUCCGCUGCAAAAUCUGUAGCAUCUCGUCAAAUUUCAGGAACGCCGAAACCUAUACAUGAGCAGAUGCUCUCAUCUAUUGAGAACGCAUAUUCUGGUGCUCGAGACCUCGCGAGCAGCAGGCUCGAUGCCGCCCAAAUUGCUGCCAAUGAACAAUACAGUUCAGUUAGUGAGGCAGUUUCCAAUGCCCUUCCAACUAAGAGUCCACUUGAAUUAGUGACGGAUUUGGCUUCAUCAGCUUUGCAGGAUUCUUUGGCUGCUGCAUCGUCACAAUACUCUAAAGCAAAGGCUGCGGUGGGAAUGACCACCGCUCCUGCGCACGAACGAUAUCUUGAGGAGGCACGCAAGAAUUACUAUGCUGCUGUCGGCUUAGCCCACGAGCAAUAUACCGAUUUCGUGACUGCGGCCUCAACUGCGAUCUAUGGUGAGUCUCGACCGGGUUUGACCUGCCUCUCCAGCGCCGCAAGUGCCGCCGCCUACGGAACUCCGAAACCUGCCUAUCAAAGCUUGAUCGACGCCGCUGCUUCGCAAUACUCUGCAGCAUCCUCUGUGGCCUCCACCAACCUGGAAUCCUACCAAUCCUCAAUUAAUUCGGCUGCCACACCUGCACAAAGUCUAUUAGACGAUGCCGUGGCGGCUUACUCUAGCGUUCUGGACAAUGCAUCCUCUUCUUUAUCUUUGGCAUCAUACGCUGCCAGUGUGGCGGUCUAUGGCACUCCUGCUCCAGUAUAUCAAAGUGCUCUUGAUGCGGCAUCUUCUCGGUAUGGGAUCGCUGUCUCAGCCGCCUCGGCAAACCUCGCUUCAUUGCUGGAAUCUGCCUCUUCCGCAUUGGGAGUAGAAGAAAAGUCCCCCGCUCAGACUGUUCUCGACAAGCUUUCAUCCCAGUACGAUGCCGCCAUUGCUGCGGCUUCCUCUUCGUUGAUGGUGGCGACUUCUUCUGUAAGUGUGGCCAUUUAUCGGGCACCAACCGGAGCCGUCGAGUCUAUCGCUAGCCAGGCUUCUCACAACUGGGAGGAACUCGUGGCCAGAGCCAGUGACCGCGUCUACGGGAGCUCGAAGCCCUUUUACGAGAGAUACGCCACGCAAGCAGAGGACUAUUCGGCCCAAGCUACUGAUGUUGCGCAUGAUCAAUACCUGGUCAUUCAGUCGUAUGUGUCGGAACUAAUUGUCGGAAAAGAACCUGAUUUUACAGAAUCAGCCUUGAGUAGACUCAGCUCUGCUUAUUAUACCGGCUAUCACCAUGAGCUCGCGUCGUCGGCAUCAAGCUACGCGAGCGAAGCCUACGACUCCGCUUCUUCACUCGGCUCUUCUAUGUCCUCGGUGGCUUCGAGCUACUUUACUCCAACCCCAGAAGUAUCGUCCAUCCUCGAUUCGGUGACACAUCAAUUGAAUGCGGUUGUGGAUGCCGCUAGUGUACAGGUUUAUGGCGCAUCCAAGGCAAGAUUUGAACAAGCAUCUUCAGCGGCUGCUCACUCUUACUCGUCCGCAAGUUCGGCCAUCAUUGAGGGUAUCUACGGCACGCAAGUAAGGUAUGCCGAAGCAGCGCAAAGCUCUUUCGCGGAUGUUGCACGAAGUGCUCAAGAUGCUAUCUCACAAGCCAUCUAUGGAAGUUCAACCGGAGCUGUAGAGUCUGUGACAAGUGGAAUUGCGGACUCGUAUGGUUCGAUAUCGUCAGCUGUUGCAGACAGCAUCGCAGCUGCAGGAUCGGUCGUGAAUGAUCUGACCGAGGAGGCAGCAAACCUUGCUGACACAGUAAAAGCUAAACUCAGUGGGGCAGUCUAUGGUCCCGAACAAAGUGCUUUGGAGAGCGCGCAAUCCAAGAUCGCCGGUGCGGUCGAAAGCGCAAAGAGUGCCAUUGCGAACAUGGCCAGUAGUCUUGGGGAGACUGGUUCUGAUGCGGGUGAGGCACUCAGCAGCAGCAUUGAGGAAGUGGCGAGUGUGAUCAGGAGCUCGGUCAGCAGUGCCACCGACUAUGGGAAGGAUGAGUUGUGA